UGGCACAGCAACGUCACCUAAGCGACGGAAUAUCAAGUCAAAACAUCAAGCAACAUUGAGCCCUUCAGUGCCCACAAGGUAAAUAUUUCCAAGAUUGCAAAUUCUCCUCUGCUGCAAACGUAUAGUACUGAAAAUUGACCAAAGUGUACAGAACAAGAUGUAUCCGACCAAUCCUCGGAAAAAAACAAACAACUUCGGGAAAAUUCGGAGUAUAGAUGCGUGUUACAUGAUUACUAGCUUUGUUUUAGGAAUCCGCUGACCAUCAAUUUAAAAAUGGCGUGUAAAAAGAGUCCAGGUUCAAGGACUGAAAUUCAGGAAGCAAUUAAAGAACAAGGAGAACAAAUAAGAAAAUUAAAACUUGAAGAACAGACAGAUGAAGUUAAAAACAAGGUAAAUGUAUGACUAACUCGUCUUCUUCUAAAUGAAAGAUCAAAGAUUCCUUGGGUAUCAUGAAUCAAAGAGAAUACACGUGGUUACGUGCUAAAAUGUGGAAGAAAUUUUUUUGUGCACACAGUAUACUGAUCAAUUUGACAAUGGAAAAGUAGUUAAUUGUCCUCUUCUGUGUAAAUAUGAAAAAUCUCUUCUUUCUCGAUAUUAUUUGACCUGUGGAUAUUCUUCAUAAGUUUUGAUGCAAUAAGUUGCAUUGCACAGCUGUGACCCUCCAUAGGUUUUCAGGGAAUCAAGUGAACGCACGCACAAGGCAAGUUAUAACACGCUCACACGCUAAUGGCAUGAUACACUUACCGUGCGUUUAUGCGCAUAAAAACAAUUGAGUUUGGAAAGCUUGUUCGUAGCCAUUGUUCAUAUUUGGCUAACGCGGUAGAGCUUUGUUUCUACAACACGCUUCAUGUUUUUGUUUUGUUUUUAACGCGCUAAGUUCCUUCGUUUCCGUAACACUCUAGCUUAUCUUGUACAAUCCAGCUUACUUUGUGACUUGUGUCAUAGUUAGUAGAGGAGACUCUACUAACUAUGCUUGUGUUUUUCAGCUUCUUAAUUGUGAGAAUGGUGUUUGUAAAGUAUAUUACUUACAGAAUAUAAGCGAAAAUGAUGAAGAUCUUCCGUUCUAUUCGAAAGUUGUAAUAGAAAAGGAAACAUUCACGGCAAAUCACAGCUCUUUCCCUCAGGAAUUUCACAAGGAACUCAGUGAGCAUGACGUGUUUCUCAAGGUCCAGAGGAGCGUAGUUUGAACACAUGAAUUAUUUUUUUAAAACUUAAUUCUUGUCUUGUAAAAUAUAAAUCCUUAUCGCUUCACACAGUUGAUAAGCCCAGAACUGAAUCUUGGUGAAUCCUUUAGCAACACAUUUCCGGCUCCAUGUCUCCUAAUUGGCAUGGUUGCUGUUCAUCACUCUAUGCAAAUCAGCAUUUUUAAAAUAAAUGACUGCUAGUUAGCCGGCGUAAAACAAAACUCUCUGAGCAAAGCUGGGUAUUAUUUACUGUAUGCCAAUCUUUGCAUCUUAUGAGCUCUUAGCCUUUAGCACUGCAAUAUAUACCUUGUGAAGUGAAGAUAAUUAAAAUUAACAUAGUUGAAGAUAACAUAUAGAUUUAGCCAAGCCUAAAAGCAGAGCUCGCAUUUUUUUUUCUGGGUUGUCCAACUCAGAGCCCAGUGCACUGACCACUGGACUACUGGACAAAGCCAUGGCAUUGGUGUGCCUGCGGUACAUUUGACCACUCAUUUUAAAAGUAGUACCUUGUAUGGUUAUAUGAUUGUAUGGUUGUACAACCAAAUUUUUUCGACUUAAUGGGUUACUACUAUUUUGUAUAAUUACGGGGCUACGCUCUGCGAGCUCUGCUAUUAACAAGUUAUUUAGUUUGCAAACUUUAAGUUUCAAACUCCUCUGGACCCUGUGGGUGCAUUCACUUGCUUUUGGUUUCCAUAGUUAUGCCAUUUACACUACAAAACGUUUGCACGUGCAAAGGAACUAGCAAACACUUCAUAGCCAUUCAUUUUCAAGUUUCAAAAUGCAAUCAGAAAGUCAUGAAUUCUCAGACUUUCUAACUUGGAGACUAGAAGAACAGAGAGACAUGGUAAGAAUGCAGCUUACCCUCAAUGAAGUAGCCAUUUGCUUUGCAUUAUACCAGGUUCACUCUUAUUAUUCUAAAAAGCUUGUGCUUGCCACUUUCAAAAGUUCAUGCAUGAUUUCAAGAGUAGAGGACGUUGCUCGUUCAGCUCAUGUUUUGCAAGCUGUUUUAAGAAAACAAGGAAUUUGAAAAUGAAGGAAAGAACUCAAAGACAGUUUUAAAUGAUGGACAACAAGUGAUAAAUGAUGGACAACAAGUCAAGAUAUUCCUUUAUGUUUGGCAAUUUAGGGACCAAAGUUGCUCUGGAUAUUGAGUAUCAAAUCGGUCAGGAGCCUACAACAUGCUUCCUGCACUAGUCGAUAGCAACUUAAGCCUUAAGAGGCUUGUUAUAAAAUUGGCAUGGUCACUGUGUUAUGUUGUGCAAAGGUGGAAGCAAGAUCUUAACACAUUCUUUUGUUUCUACCGUACGAAGCAAGACAAUGGUUUUGAAGUUAAUGAGGCAAGUAACUAACACGCAGCUAAUGUGUUAAAAGCUAGUUCUUUUGUUUUAGCGUGCGAGCAUGCUGUGUGCGUGUGUUCACUUUAUUUCCUGAAAUCCUGUGGAGGGUCACAAUUAUGACAUAUAAAAUACUAUACACUUGUCAAAUAGCAUCUAAAUCUGAAGGGUGUUUCAGGGCUUUCUUUUCAUAUAUAUAUGUAUUAGGGUUCCCAUAGAAGAGAAAAUAAAUGAAAAAUCCCAUGUGCCCCAUGGGAAGGUACAUGUGUUAGAGGGUACUGAUACUUUAUGUAUCCAGAUGCUGGUGCCCAGGUUCCACCUUUGUUAUAACAUGUUAUAAUAUGAUAAUUAGUUGAAAUCUUGCAUAUGCAUGCUGAUAUUAUUUGACUUUUUAAGUGUGAUGUCAUUUAUGAGAAACUGGAGUGUGAUUUAUUAUGACUGAAAAUCUAGUUGUUUCAGUAAGCCCUUGAGUAGUAAAGUUCAUCCUUUAGUCUUUCCUUUCAUGUAAUAUUACACCAUCCAAUGAGAACUCUUGACACUAGUGUUAAACAAGAUAUUAGGAGCUAUAUUAUGUAUUAUUCUUUGUCUCACAGGGAGUUAUUCAUUCUUUCAUAAUAAAUGUAUAUGUGAACCCCAGAACAAAAUAUUUUGUACAUUCCCAGAGCUCCCAACUUAAAGUGCAGCAUUAUUAGCAGCUUUGUUUUUUGCUGGUUUUCCCAUCUAAUAAUUGUGGUACACUCUUGCUGGUGUGCAUAACUGGAAUUUCUUUUUGAAGGCCUUGGUAAAUCUCUAUAUUGUAAGAUAUUUUAAGAAGUACACAAAAAUGGGGCAAUGGAUUAAACAGGAAGUGGACAAGAUGAUAUUAUCUUCAAGGGAGGUCUUGCCAAACAUGUUAAGCUAUAAGAAUGUUGGUGACACUUGGUUUCUGUUUCCAGACAUUGUGAUGAUGUCCUUUAAAUUGUUGAAGAACAUUCUUAUUGUACCUAAAUUGUUGCGAGGUUCCUCCUUUUCCUGUUCUUACUGUCUAGACAGCAAGGUCAGUGACAGUUUGAUACUCUAUACAAACCCAGUUUCAAGACUUUGUCUCUGGCAAAAGUAUUUCAGUCACUCAAGAAUUUUUAGCUUUCUACAAAUAUUAGAUCUGUAAGGUAUAUGUUCAUGAUCCUAUGUCUGUAUGUUUUUAUUUAACAGUCACAGAAUGAUACAAGUGGUUUAUAGUUGACAUUUUAAAUCAGGCUUCUGGUUUUUAUGGAGAAUGAUGUAAUAAUAAUAAUAACUUUAUUUAACCUGAUUUAAGACCUGUCUAUCAAUCAAUAGUGAUUGACUGAUAUCAGUCGGUGACCAGUAAAAAAUACACAAAAGUUGAUAAAAAUUAAAAAGCAUGCAGUUUACUAUUGAAUAACAAAAUCUAUCUAAGAAUUAUGAAAUGAAAUCUCCAUUUAACUUGUACAAAUGUCAUUAUAAUAUGGAGGUAACCACCUUGUGUAUUUUCCAAGCCAGUUUAAGCUUCCAGAUAUUGAUGUAAGUGCUAUUCCCUUUUCUUUUUGGAAACAGAUUAAGGAAGAAACAGCUAAAUUAGUGGAACUCAAGAAGAAGAUUGAUAAUGAGCAAGGAAGUCAGAAAUUUGUUCUCAAGACACCAAAGGUAUAUUGCAGUUGAAAAGCAUGAAAAAAUUCUGAGAAUAACAAAAUGGGCGAGGUGCUUUCUUACAUUAGUGCUCUUUGAGCAAAACAUCAGAUUAUUGUCUUUUUUUGCUUAAAAGACUGCUUAUACUUGUUGAGUCUUUUCCCCAGACAACCAAGACAUUGUCAACUGUUCUCAUAUUGUGGACAUGUGUGACUGUUAAUGUCUGGGAGAGUAAUGAUGAAAGUUUUACUGCAGGGUUUUGUGGUGUUUGUUAACCUGUGAUCAACUCUGAAUCAGACUUUCAAACAUCACUAUUGCUUUAUUUCUUUUCUCUGACAGCUUUACUCUUUUUUAAGUGUUAAUUAUUAGCUCAAGUUGUUGUUUUCUAUUGUCAGCUGUGUAAAUGGUCUCUGUAAUUUUAGGGAACUCGUGACUAUACACCAACGCAAAUGGCUGUUAGAGCUGAAGCAUUUAAAGCAAUUGUUGGCUGUUUUGAAAGACAUGGAGCUGAACAGAUUGAUACACCAGUCUUUGAAAUGAAGGUAUCAUAAUAAUCUUCUCACAAAGUAGAAUAAUGAUAUAUUUUUAAGUGGUGAGAGCCAGACUAUCCUUACAUAAUUUGUUAAACCUUUACUUACUGUGUUACUUUUCCAGGUAAAACAUCAAGCUACAUUGCACAAUUGAUUACUUACAGUCAUGAGAUAAUGAUAAUUUAAUGCAUAUAUUAGAUACUUCAUCUAGUACUUGUUGAACAGUAAAAACUACACCAGUUGGACUACAAACUAAUGUGUACUGUGAAAAUUGGUUACUUCUCCUUCAACUUUUACAAUAUUAGUGAACUAAUUCUGGUGUGGAGAUAUGCAGUAUGAGCCAGGAAAUUGUCCAACAUACACAUGAGCUGCAUUAUUUUACACCUUCAGCAGCAUGUGAUGCAUUGCGACUAUGUUGACACUAGGCUUAGAUAAUUAUGUGCAAUCCUUCUCCUUGGUGUGGAUAAAAACAUCUGUUGAUCAUAAUGGUCUUGUGUAUUUUUGCUGGAUAUUUUGUGGGUAGCUUGUGAGUAUGUUCCCACACCAAAUUUGUAAAUAUCUGGUGCACCAUAGGACCAACACUAAGCCUGGUGUGACUGGGGGACAAACUCCUUCGCCAGCCCAGAUCCAGUUUAUCUGGUUUGGUUUCAAGUUUUUCACAUUUUAAUUGAGAUAUGUAUGGUCUUGCCAGCCUAAAAGCUCUUAAACUGGGUUCUGUAAACUUAUGUUUGUUAUUGUAUUUUCUAUUGCAUGGGAGCAGUAUUUUUCAACAUUAAAUAAUUUGCUACUGGGAGUGGCAGUCCACAAUGUCCUUUAAUGAAUGGAAAAAGGUUAUUUUUAGACAAGGUAAUGGCAAAGUGAAGUCAUUAUUAAAGUCUGAUGAUGACUUUCCUGGUUGUCAACAUGUCAGUUACUAUUGAUUCUUGCAUAAAUAUGUUUUCAGGAGUAACUAUCAUCAUUUAAAGGAUCACAUUACAUUGUGAAGUGAUUUUACUUGUAGAAUUAAAUAGAUUCUGUCUUCCUUAUAGGAAACCUUAACAGGGAAAUAUGGUGAGGACUCCAAGCUGAUUUAUGAUCUUGCAGACCAAGGAGGAGAGUUGUUAUCAUUGAGAUAUGACUUAACAGUAUCUUUUACAAUUGAAUUGUGGAAAGUCUGUUUUCAAGGGAGAUGAUAAUUAAAUUUUGCUUUGCUGGCAUUUGAAAGUGGGGUGAGUUUCAAUUGGCUCCAAAAGAAUGGAGCACUUUGAUUGACUUAAGGUUUGUUGUAAAUAUUUUUGGCUCCUUAAUAAAGCUCUCAGGUACCAUUUGCAAGAUACGUUGCUAUGAAUAAAAUUGACAAAAUGAAAAGAUAUCAUAUUGCCAAAGUGUAUCGGAGAGACAAUCCAGCCAUGACAAGAGGACGUUACAGGGAAUUUUAUCAAUGUGUAAGUAGCAUCAUAAUUAUCAAAUUGUUACACUAUUCAAAGUUAGACAGGAAAGCUAGAGGUGGCAGAUAUGAUCUUUGCCCGCAAUGAGAUCAGAUACAGCUUUUCCUUAGCUGCAAUGUGCAAAAGCCUGGCCUUUUGUGAAACGGUUUCUUCCUGUUCAUCAUGUUUAUCUCUCUUUAUCACUUUUAGUUUUAUCUAAGCUUAUCCUGCUCUGCUAAGAAAUCACUCACUAUUAGGAAAAAUUUUGUCAUCAUGGCUGUUACAUUUCUUCAGGAUAUUGACAUUGCUGGGCAAUAUGAUGCUAUGAUUCCUGAUGCAGAAUGUGUAAAGAUUGUAUCAGAAAUACUUACAGACUUAAAACUUGGAGACUUCACCAUCAAGGUAUCACUUCUAAUAGUUUUUAAUGCUAAGAGAUGUAUUUGCCUGAUUGUUGAAAACUUUAUUUAGAAUUUAAUCUAUGUGGCCAUUCUUGGGUUUUAUUGAACAGCUUCUCAGUGCUUUUGUUCUGACUGUUCCAGGUGAAUCAUCGUCAGUUGCUUGAUGGCAUGUUUGCUGUUUGUGGGGUGCCUGAGGAGAAGUUCCGAUCAAUUUGUUCGGCCGUUGAUAAACUGGACAAGGUGGGUUAAUUCAAGCAAAGAAUAGAUUUAUUAUACAUAGAAAUAUGUGGCUAAUCAUGAAUAACGAAAGGCUGAGUAUUUUGUUCUUGUGUCUCAAAAGUUGGAAAGUGUCAAACAUUCUGAAUUUCUCGAAAGGAUUUUAAGCUCUGCUCUAUCAACUGAGCUACAGAGACCUUAUCAGCAUGCUAAGUGGAAAAUGAGUGAAAAGGUUAUUCAAUAGAGAAAGAUGAAAAUUGUUGGUCUCAAAUGUGGCACUUUCUUCCUCUCAACUGAAAAUCCUUUAAAUAUCUGUACUGUUUUGUUUCUUCACUACACACAGCUUCCUUGGGAAGAGGUGAAGGCCGAAAUGGUGGGAGAGAAGGGACUGGAUCACAGUGUGGCAGACAAGAUAGGAGAGUAUGUGAAGCUUAAGGGAGGAAUGGAACUAGUAGAAUCACUGUCAGCAGAUGAAGCUCUCAGUGAAAACAAGAGUGCCAAGGCUGCAUUAGAUGACAUGAAACUUCUUCUCCAAUUUGUGGGAUUGUUUGACAUCACAGAUAAGGUUAGUUCUACGAGCAGUGAAAUGUCAUUAUGAUAGGUCUCUGCAACCUCUACUCUGUGUGCAGUCAUUAUUGUAUCAGACCUGUUUAUAUUCAUGCAUUUCAUCUUGGCAAGAAAUAUUUUCUCAAGAAUUCACUUGAACACCUUAAAAGAGAGAGGGGUCAUGUUUUGUUCUUUGAGAAAAAUUUAUUCCCAUUUCAGGUGUCAUUUGAUCUGAGUCUGGCGAGAGGAUUGGACUAUUACACUGGUGUGAUAUAUGAAGCAAUAUUAACAGGAAAACAACCAGAUUUAGGAAAAGCAGCUAAAGGUAAAACUUAAUGUACUGUACAACAUAAUCACUAACAUUAAUAACAAAUCAGAGGUUCAAAUUGUAAAAGCAAGAAGAUUUACUAUGAAAAGAUGUUAUCAGGGCUGAUGUUAGACAAAGAUUAUUUAUCAGCAAUGAGAGUGCAAAACACUGUUUCAUUCAUUUUCUUUAGUCCUGAAAGGUCAUCUGAUGCUGUCCAAGAAACAGUGAUCACUGUAGUUGUCAUAAAUCAGUCUUAUUCCAUGAUUGUGUUUUUUGUUAGGUGAGCCUGUAGGAGUUGGGUCGGUGGCUGGUGGCGGUCGCUAUGACAACCUGGUCGGAAUGUUUGAUCCCAAAGGGAGGAAGGUGAAACAGUAGCUUAUAACACGUGACGGAUCCUUAGUGGUUAUCACUUGUCAACUACGCUCAUUCACACUUAAAGUACUUAGUUCGAAAUUAAUCAUUGAGUUUUUCAACGACUCUGAGGAUAGUGACGAGUUUUGAGCCUUAACUGAGUGCUCUCUUAAGAAGUGGUGUAUGUUAAAUGAAGCUCCAUAAUUUUUGUCCCAUUUCACCGCGUACCGCAUGUAACUACUGUUGAUUUGUUUUUUCAGGUGCCUUGCGUUGGAGUUAGUAUAGGAAUAGAAAGAAUAUUUUCCAUUCUUGAGGCUAAAGCUAAGGUAAAAAUGGUAUUUAAAUAUUAAUUAAGGCGCUUCUUAGUUAUUUCAACGCGGACUUGCUCACAUCUAAGUUAUUUUAAAUAGCUGACUCACUGAAGAUUUCACAGAAGCUUCUUCUUUUCGUGAAGAAUUUAUUGAAGACUGAGGAAAUUUACUUUUGAGGAGCUCCAUUGACAUUAGUUGUGAUGUGUUUCAAACUUGUGGUUUGUGUUUCAGGCAGCAGGUAAAGUGCGGACAACUAAAACACAAGUAUUAGUGGCGUCGGGACAGAAAAAUCUCUUGCCUGAACGAUUAAAACUAGUCAACCAGCUGUGGCAGGCAGGAAUUAAGGUAAAGAUUUCUCAAGGAUAGUAAUUAUCUUAAAGUAGGCAGACCUUGUUGAGCUGAGUUUUUGUAAUUUGAUCGGCAUGAAAACAAGACUUCUAUAUUUAAACUUUUGUGUUUUGAAUUGGUGAAAAGCAAGGAUUUUCAACUGACUACUGCGCGUGCUCUUGCAAUCAGUUCAACGACUAACUUGUUGUGGAAAGGUAGUGAAAUGAACGAUACUGGUCUACCAUCCAGAAAAGCUGUCAGCUCAUUUAUACUUCAUUUGGUAUGACCUUUUUUCCACAUUUUUGAAUCCCAACUGAUGAGAUUCCAAGGGCAGGCAAGACUGAAACAUAUGUCAAGCUUUGGUUGGAACUCGACUGAAUCUUUCAUCGCUCGCUUUGUUCUUGACCCCCUUGUGAACGUUCGUGGUUUUUUCCCCGUAUUUCAAGUAGCUUGCAUGAGAACUCUCAUUCAUAGCUAAUCAUAUUGUCUUUUUAUCUUGUUUCUUCAUUUUUCGUAGGCUGAAUUACUCUACAAGAAGAAUCCCAAACUGCUGAAUCAGUUUCAGUUCUGUGAAGAAAAUGGAGCCCCGUUUUGUGUGGUGAUUGGUGAAAGCGAGCUCCUACAAGGAGUUGUAACUCUUAGAGACAUGGCUUCCAGAGAAGAGGUCAGAAAAUGUUCUUACGAAAAUAUCUUUCGUGCUUUUUGCUUUAUACUUUGCUUCUUAACACUUUUCUAGAUGCCUCACUGAAACGUUGAUUAUAUUUACCAUUUUCAGGCUCUAAUAAAACGGGAAGAAUUGUGUGAUGUGAUCAAAAGACGGUGCUCAGUAAUUGAAGCAGAAUCAGAAUAAAAAGUUAACAAGUUUGAAAAGAUAUUGAAUUCCAAACAACUGCUUCCUCAAAGACGAAAACUUAGCACAAUAGCAAAUAAAUUUAAGAGUUUAACCAGAAAUAAAUCGCACCUUGCUGCUCCCUUGUUUUCAGGGUUGAAUUAACGCAAAUACAAUGUACACCUGAAGAAAGAAAAGACAAUAAAUAGGUUCUUCUAAAUACUUGCCUGUUAAUUUUAUGCAUACGUGGAAAUAAAUAUUACCUCGUCUUGUGUGAGACAGCUCUCAGCAGCUUAAGCUUCAGUCUCGUAGUAAAGUGUAUUGUCAUAGACCCGUACGGUCCCGCCCACUGAUUCCUCUAGAAAACUGUAAUGAAAGCUGACGUUUGUAGGGCCAGACUCAUUAUCGUGAGCACGCGCAAACAUUAAGUUUUCCAGGACUCCUGCUGCAUAUUCCCCAUUGUUGCAGUCCUUCCCUGAAACGCAAAUUAGGAUAAAAAGAGCACAAGGUCAGAAAAUAACUUUCUCAUUUAGUGCGAAGGAGCCGGUUCUAUCGUGGUCAGUAAGAGCAAUUACUCACAAAACACACCACAUCUUUCGGUAGGUUGUAUUUGGUUGUAUUACGAGUUUGAAGAAUGUUGUAAACUAUUUCAGAGAGGGUUCCGUUUAGUGCGAAACGGGAACUUCUUUCCUCUAUCGUGUUAGGGCGAGAACGAGAUGUUAGAGAGGUAAAUCCUUGUUACACACCACAAGCACCCAGUUUGUCGUGUUAGAAACGUAAUCUAAAGUGCUUCUUUUUUCAGUUUUCUCUUUGUGGUUGUGGUCUUGUCAUGUGAGUCGUAUGCCAUUGAUUAGAAUUAAUGUGACGUUUUCUUAUUAGCACUUACUACACCUGCUGAACUUUGCAUGUAAAACUUGUCUAGUUCAUAUUUGCAUGUUAAGUGUUAAUAUUAAACCCUUUGAUCACUGAUUCUGUACUUUAAUUUUUAUUCAAACUGAAUGCGAUCCUUCCGGUUCCCACUGGAGAUAAACACCUCAAUAAAAUCAUAUCUCCAUUUGAACGUCCUCCGUUUUACUUUUAGGAACCGAAAUACCGCCGAAAACUCAGUUUUAAAAAAAUUAGCUAGCGUAGCAACGCAGUUUAAAGAUGCCACGAUGAAAAAAGAAAGUGGGGUCAAACUUGUGGAUGGACAAUGGGAUAGGUGCCCAGGAAAUGGAAAUUACAGCCAUUGAGUGAAAAACACUCACAAAUUUGACAAAAACUUAUCCAAUGAGAUAUUCUCAUCAAUGCAAAUAUUGCCAUCGUCAAUAUCUCCCGUCCAUUAUCAUGGAUGAAUAAUUUCUUUCUGCAGAAUUAUUCUGAAGGAAAUCAACAUGUGCGUGCUAACAUCUGUUUCCUGACUGACACGCGUCGCUUUGUUUUGAACACUAAGUUGAUUUUGUGAACUGAAAGUUGAAUACCGUGUUGUGAAUGAGACUGAAAUGGGAACUGGAGGAAAAGACAAAGAUGGAGAAUCAGCGCAACUUGUGGGAGGAUCUAAAGACUUAGAAUCGGGUGAAGAAGAUGAUUCCAUUGACAAGUGUAAACCUGAGAAAAAAGGCUUCGGUGCUAAGUGUCUGACUUGUUUUCGCGGUUGCUUUGGAUUCAUCUUGUUCCCGUUCGUGUUUAUUAUCACGUUCAUAGCUUGUCUUAUCUGGAUUAUUCUGUUACCAGGUUUGUUGACAAUUUGAACUGAUAUUUUCGGUGCUUUUAAGCCGUAUUACUAAUUCUAAAUGCCGACCAUAAUAAAAGCAAACGACACCGCCUGUUUUUUUUUUGUCUCGUUUAUUAAAGGUUCAAAGGACGGAUGAUGAAAUUGUGUUUUAUCAAAAAUGUAAACUUUUAACAGCCAUCUUUUAGUAAUUUAUUGAAAUGAAUUUUUGGACGGCCAGAAGAUCUUAAGUGUACGUUCUCCGCUAAUACGUAACCGAUCAUAUUUUAAAACAAUAGACUCGUCUUGAAAGAGGCUUCAUUGUUUGACGAAAAAUACACCGCUGGGUUUUCGCUGCGAACGUCAACGUCAAUGCUGAUUACGAUAAUAACAAAAAAUAACAAGAGCUAUUUCAAAAUGGUAGAAAAAGGCCUUUUUCACCAAUAUUCCAAGAACACUUUUCCAAUCCAAACUUACGCGAUUGGCGUGUUUUUCCAUUUGAAUAGUAUCAGCUGCCAGCUCCUAGAAUUGAAAUAACCUAACAAAUAAUAUUCGAAAAUGCUUUAAGUGAUUCAGUUUAUUUCUCAUUGAAAUAAAUAUCUCUCUUCGUUUUUCAGCUAAAUGUUGUUCUCCCUGCUGCGCUCCACUAUUUGACUGGCUCGUUCAACUUCUGAUGCUGCCCGUUCGGUUUUAUCGUUGGGUACUUGGAAAAGAUCGAGACGAAACUAAACAAUAAAAG